GCGGAAGUGCUGUCCUCAAGAGCAACAGCAGCAGCAGCAGAGGUACAACCAGAGCUGCUACUGUUUUGGAAGAGCAGAACGGCGAUUUAGUGGCCGUUUUUCCUAAGCCCGUGUCUCUCCUUUCGGGGCUCGUCACCGUUCAUCUUGACCGUGGAGCUUAGCAGUAUUAUGCGAGCGCAGUGCGGAGUGUGGGAGCACCGUGUGAAGUGAGUUUCCUUGAAUCAUCUAUAUGGGCCAUCUUUUUUCGAAAAAUGGUUAUCGCCUGAAGAAGAGGACACGCAAAUUGCAUCACAGGAAGAAGAAGAAGAGGAACUGUUUUCUGCACGGGCCCUGCAUGCUCUGCUUUAUCGUCCACGGCAACAGCGGUGGUUUCGACGACGAGAGCGACCACUUUGAGGCCAACGGGUGUCGACACAACAGCAUCACGGGAAUCAGCGUCCCAGGUGUUGGCGGAGUCGGCAUCGGAGCGGCAGCUGCCACGAAGCUUGCGGAGCGAUACGCGACCCUCGCAUCUCCGGAGGAUUGCUCCAAGUUCUUGUUGUCACCGAGAGAACUUGCUAUCUGGGAGGGCCAGGGGAGGAGCCUUUUGUCAGCUGUUCCUGCCAAACUAAUUCCACCACCGGCCCUCUUCCGAACCGCUGGUGUGUCUGUGACUGUGCCCAUACCUGUGCCUGUGCCUGGCUGCACCAGCGAUUACACAGAGAUGGUGUGUAAGAGGAAGUGCUCAGAGGUGCAAAGGUGCACCCCUUGUAAGCAGCCGCGCUGUGCCUUCGCUGCUCCUGAUGGAGGGCUGGAGAAUGGAGGUGGGGGGGAGGCGGCCUCGAACUCUGAAACGGGCCAUUGCCACCUUCCCCUUUGCCCGCUUCCCUCCUCCUCUUCCUCCUCCGCUUCCUCUUCUUCCUCACCUGCUGAUGGCUGCUGUGGGUUGGGUCUUCACGCCGAUUUUCCCCACAGUUCUGACUCGUCCCCGCCCUGCGCACAUAACUAUGACGACUGCCAGGCAAGAAGUUCUGAAGCUGCUGAUCACUUGAGUAUCAAUCAUCUGCCUUCCUCCAUCCUUCUUAAGGUGCUGUCUCACCUGACAGUAAAGGAGCGCUGUCUUUGUGCCUCUCUGGUUUGUAAGUACUGGAGGGACCUCUGCUUGGACUUCCAGUUCUGGAAGCAAAUCGACCUCAGUGGCCUACAACAAGUAAAUGAUGAUCUUCUGGUGAAAAUAGCUUCUCGGAGGCAGAAUGUGACCGAGAUUAACAUCUCGGAUUGCAGGGCGGUCCAUGACCACGGCGUGUCCUCCCUGGCUUCACAGUGUCCUGGCUUGCAGAAAUAUACCGCCUACCGCUGCAAGCAGCUGGGUGACAUUUCUUUGUGUGCUUUGGCUACACACUGCCCUCUUCUGGUGAAGGUGCAUGUGGGCAACCAGGACAAACUGACAGAUGCAGCAUUGAAAAAGCUGGGGGAGCACUGCAGUGAGCUGAAAGACAUCCACUUGGGUCAGUGCUACGGUAUCUCAGAUGACGGCAUCAUGGCCUUGGCGAGAGGAUGCCCUAAACUGCAGAGACUCUACUUGCAAGAGAACAAAAUGGUCACUGAUCAGUCUGUGCGGGCAGUAGCAGAACAUUGUCCCGAGCUGCAGUUUGUCGGCUUCAUGGGAUGCCCCGUGACCUCUCAGGGAGUCAUCCAUCUGACUGCGCUGCGGAACUUGAGCGUCCUGGAUCUGCGACACAUCUCGGAGCUCAACAACGAGACGGUGAUGGAAGUGGUGAGGAAAUGUCGCAACCUCAGCUCUCUCAACCUUUGCCUGAACUGGAGCAUCAACGACAGGAGAUGGAUGGAUGGUCGCAAACAUGACAGAGGAAGGAAUGGAAAUUGGUGUGUGGAAAUCAUUGCCAAGGAGGGGAGAAGUUUGAAGGAGCUCUAUCUCGUGUCUUGUAAAAUUACAGACCACGCUCUGAUAGCUAUAGGGCAGUACAGCAGCACCAUUGAGACUGUUGAUGCCGGCUGGUGUAAAGACAUCACGGACCAGGGUGCCACACAGAUUGCUCAGAGCAGCAAGUCCCUUCGCUACUUGGGCCUCAUGAGAUGCGACAAGGUCAACGAGGAGACAGUGGAGAGGCUGGUGGUCCAGUACCCUCACAUUGUGUUCAGCACAGUGAUGCAGGACUGCAAGAGAACCCUGGAGAGAGCUUAUCAAAUGGGCUGGAGUCCCAACACAUCGAACACUUCGUAGCUACUGCUGGAUCACACAGACACGCUCAACAAACACACGCACACAUAAGCACAUAAAACACAUUUGCUAUACAAAGGCCCUUUUUUGUAUACGCACACAAAAUGCAAAGCUCAGUCAUGUUUGCUUCUCAUUGACUGUUCAAACAUGCAUGUGAACAUGUAGCUACACACUCACAGACACAAAGUCUGAGUCCAUUAGUUUUAUUUGAAGCAAAUCUCUUCAGUAUGAGAUUUUACAAUUCAGUCAGGCGAUGUAGUGAUAUCUGCUCUAGGCAAAGGUAAGGAGUAUCACUCCUCAUACCGUUUCACUUCUCUGUAUCGUGGUGGGGUGAUUAGAGGUAAAGUUGCAAGGCUAAAGCUUUGGUCUUGAAUAAAAAGAUUCAGACAAUAAACAUUCAGAAACCACUGGACCAGAAUUAUUUUAGUGAAAUAACUUCAAAACAGAAAAAUUUAUUCACCAACCAGAACUGGUGAUCUACACUGCACCUCUGUCGCCCCAGGAGGCAUCGUCUUACUGCCUCAGAGCAGACAACAACUGAACGGCCAGGACCUCAGACCU